AUGUACUUUUCUUCCCAGUCUGUGUCAGAUAUACUCAGCAAACAACUUUGUCCUGAAUUCAUCAUCCCAUCCACGGCGGUCUUGGCUCGUUGCCUCCCUUCUUUAAAUGCCACUCAAGACUAUGCUGACCAACGCCUGACAAACGAAACGCGGGCUAUGAUCACAGCGGGUUCCAACCAGAUUAUCGAGGCGCUCAAUGCCAAGAAUAUCGGGUUGAAGAUCUUUGAGGACUUUGCACAGACGUGGUACUGGAUCCUGAUAGUGCUGGUGAUUGCGAUGGUGCUGAGCCUCCUGUUUCUCCUACUGCUGCGUUUUACUGCUGGGUUUCUGGUAUGGAUUCUCAUCUUCGGCGUGCUGGUCAUCAUUGCUUACGGAAUCUACCACUGUGCCAUGGAGUACCGCAACUACAAUGCUCAGGGUGCCACUAUCAAAGACGUUGGUUUCACCACGAACCUCAGCGUCUAUGGCCAUGUCAAGGAGACGUGGCUGGCUGUUCUGAUCAUCCUCUCUGUGGUGGAAGCCAUCUUGCUGCUGACCCUCGUGUUCCUCCGCAACCGGAUCCUUAUCGCCAUUGCGCUCAUCAAGGAAGCCAGCCGAGCCAUUGGCUACAUGAUGGAUUCUCUCCUUUAUCCGCUGGUGACCUUUGUCCUGCUGCUGAUUUGUGUGGCCUACUGGGCUAUGACUGCCCUAUAUCUGGCCACCUCUGGAAGUCCUCUCUACCGCAUCACCCCCGUGAACAUCAGUACCCCCAACUGCUCGGAAAUCAUUGGGAAUGAGAGCUGCAACCCACUGGCCUUCAAUGCCUCCUCCUACUCCCCUUGCCCCGUGAACUGCAUCUUCUACAAGUACCGGGACGAAGGGCUGUUCCAGCACAACAUCUUCAAUCUGCAAGUCUACAACGUCUUGGGCUUCCUGUGGUGCAUCAACUUUGUCCUUGCUCUGGGACAGUGUGUGCUGGCCGGUGCCUUCGCCUCGUACUACUGGGCCUUCAACAAACCCAACGACAUCCCUGCCUGUGCUGUGACCAGCUCUUUCAUCCGGACGUUACGUUACCACUCUGGUUCUAUCGCUUUCGGCGCCCUCAUCCUCACUAUCGUCCAGGCCAUCCGCAUCAUGCUAGAAUAUCUGGACCACAAGUUGAAAGACCUCCAGAAUCCAGUUGCCCGGUGUAUUCUUUGUUGUCUGAAGUGCUGCUUCUGGUGCCUGGAGAAGUUCAUCAAGUUCCUCAACAGAAAUGCCUACAUAAUGAUCGCCAUUUACGGAAAGAACUUCUGCACGUCGGCGAAAAACGCCUUCAAGCUCCUGAUGCGGAACGUGGUCAGGGUGGUGGUCCUGGAUAAAAUCACUGACCUGCUGCUGUUUUUCGGGACACUAUUGGUGGUCGGUGGAGUGGGAGUCCUCUCGUUCUUCUUGUUCACGGGACGAAUCCCGCUUGGAGUCUUUCAGCUGCAGUCUUCUCAGCUCAACUACUAUUGGCUGCCCAUUCUGACUGUGGUGGUCGGUGCCUACCUCAUUGCCCAAGGAUUCUUUAGCGUCUACAGCAUGUGUGUCGACACCCUGUUCCUCUGUUUCUUGGAAGACCUGGAACGCAACGACGGCUCCCUGGAGAAGCCAUACUACAUGUCCAAGUCCCUCAUGAAGAUCCUCAACAAGAAGAACAAGAAAUCCAAAUAGGAUGUGCAGAAAUAGUGCUAGAAACUGUUGGAAGCUCAUCUACUCACAGAACUGGUCCACAUCAUUUCUCGCCCAAACCCACUUCCUGUCUGCCAUGACUGGAUUUUAGGCCCCGUGCUAUGUCAGGUAAUAACUGAAUAUAUCUCUUCCUCCUCAUCCCGCCACUCCAGUUUAUCUUGAAGGCUUUUGGGGCCUUGCACUCGAAGGCUGGACAACGCUGGCCCCAUUUUGUUCUGCGCAAUGGCAGCCAUAUUUGUUUUCUUACCAUGGUUCAGAAUGCAGCAGAGAGGUGUGCCUUUAAUUUACCAGCCAUGCUUUUUAGAACCACGCAGAGACCGCAGUAGCCAUAAUGAACAUUUUGCU